CGGAGGGGGAGGGGAGCUGGCGCGCGCGUCCGGCCCGAGUCGGAGCUGAGAUUCGGCGCGGGCCGUGCACCCCGACCCCCGAUCCGCGGUCCCCGCGCCCUGCCCGGCCCCGCGCGCGCCAUGGGGCCCGGGCCGCGCUGAACGCCAUGGAGCUGGCGGCCUGGUGCCGCUGCGGGCUCCUCCUUGCCCUGCUGCCCGCCUCCUCCGCGGGCAUCCAAGUGUGCACGGGCACCGACAUGAAACUGCAGCUCCCCGCCAGCCCUGAGACCCACCUGGAGAUGCUCCACACCCUCUACCAUGGCUGCCAGGUGGUGCAGGGGAACCUGGAGCUCACCCAUCUUCCCGCCGAUGCCAACCUCACCUUCGUGCAGGAUGUCCAGGAGGUACAGGGCUACUUGCUAAUUGCCCACAAUCGAGUGGGACAGAUCCCUCUGCAGAGGCUGAGGAUCGUGCGGGGCACCCAGCUCUUCGAGGACAAAUACGCCCUGGCCGUGCUGGACAACGGGGACCCUCUGGACAGCGGCACCCCAGCCCUGGGGACUGCCCCAGAAGGGCUGCGGGAGCUGCAGCUCCGGAAUCUCACAGAGAUCCUGAAGGGAGGUAUCCUGAUUGAGCGGAACCCCCAGCUCUGCCACCAGGACACCAUUCUGUGGAGGGACAUCUUGAACAAGAUGAAUCAGAAGGUGCCUGUGCAAGUGGACACCAACCGCUCGAGGACCUGCCUGCCCUGCUCCCCGGCCUGCAGAGCCCCCUACUGCUGGGGAGGAAGCCCCCAAGACUGUCAGAACUUGACCCGCACAGUGUGUGCUGGCGGCUGUGCCCGCUGCAAAGGCCCGCUGCCCACGGACUGCUGCCAUGAGCAGUGCGCGGCAGGCUGCACAGGCCCCAAGCAUUCCGACUGCCUGGCCUGCCUGCAUUUCAACCACAGCGGCACCUGUGAGAUGCACUGCCCGGCCCUGGUCACCUACAACACCGACACUUUUGAGUCCGUGUCCAACCCCGAGGGCCGCUACACCUUCGGCGCCAGUUGUGUGACCACCUGUCCCUACAACUACCUCUCCACGGAUGUGGGCUCCUGCACACUGGUCUGUCCCCCAAACAAUCAGGAGGUGAUGAAGGACGGGACCCAGCGCUGUGAGAAGUGCAGCAAGCCGUGUGCCCGAGUGUGCUACGGGCUGGGCAUGGAGCACCUCCGCACUGCCAGGGCCGUCACCAGCGCCAACAUCCAGGAGUUUGCAGGCUGCAAGAAGAUCUUCGGGAGCCUGGCGUUUUUGCCGGAGAGCUUCGAGGGGGACCCCACCUCCAACACGGCGCCCCUGCAGCCCAAGCAGCUCAGUGUGUUUGAGACCCUGGAGGAGAUCACAGGUUACCUGUACAUCUCUGCAUGGCCCGAGACCAUGCAGAACCUUGGUGUCUUCCAGAACCUGCGGGUCAUCCGGGGGCGCAUUCUGCACAACGGUGCCUACUCACUCACCCUGCAAGGCCUGGGCCUCCGUUGGCUGGGGCUGCGCUCCCUUCGGGAGUUGGGCAGCGGCCUGGCCCUGGUCCACCACAAUCCCCACCUCUGCUUCGUGCACACGGUGCCCUGGGACCAGCUCUUCCGGAACCCACACCAGGCCCUGCUGCAUAGUGGCAACCGGCCCGAGGCCGAGUGCGCUGCUGAGGGCCAGGCCUGUGACCCACUGUGCGCUCAUGGCCACUGCUGGGGACCGGGCCCCACCCAGUGUGUCAACUGCAGCCAGUUCCUCCGGGGCCAAGAGUGUGUGAGGGAGUGCCACGUCCUACAAGGGCUGCCCCGGGAGUAUGUGAAUGACAGGCACUGCCUGCUGUGCCACCCUGAGUGCCAGCCCCAGAAUGGCUCUGUGACCUGCUUUGGAUCGGAGGCUGACCAGUGCGUGGCCUGUGCCCACUACAAGGACCCUCCCCUGUGUGUGGCCCGCUGCCCCAGCGGCGUGAAGCUUGACCUCUCCUACAUGCCCAUCUGGAAGUUCCCGGAUGAGGAGGGCACCUGCCAGCCCUGCCCGAUCAAUUGCACCCAUUCCUGCGUGGACCUGGAUGACAGGGGCUGCCCAGCUGAGCAGAGAGCCAGCCCUGUGACGUCCAUCAUCGCAGCCGUGGUCGGCAUCCUGCUCUUUGUGGUCAUGGGCGUGGUCGUCGGCUUUGUCAUCAGACGCAGGCGGCAGAAGAUCCGAAAGUACACUAUGCGGCGGCUCCUGCAGGAGACUGAGCUGGUGGAGCCGCUCACGCCCAGUGGGGCGAUGCCCAACCAGGCUCAGAUGCGGAUCCUCAAGGAGACGGAGCUCAGGAAGGUGAAGGUACUCGGAUCCGGAGCUUUCGGCACCGUCUACAAGGGCAUCUGGAUCCCUGACGGGGAAAACGUGAAGAUCCCAGUGGCCAUCAAAGUGUUGCGGGAGAACACAUCCCCCAAAGCCAACAAGGAAAUCUUGGACGAAGCCUACGUGAUGGCCGGUGUGGGUUCCCCCUAUGUUUCCCGUCUCCUGGGCAUCUGCCUGACAUCCACGGUGCAGCUGGUGACACAGCUCAUGCCCUACGGCUGCCUGCUGGACCACGUCCGGGAGCACCGCGGCCGCCUGGGCUCCCAGGACCUGCUCAACUGGUGCGUGCAGAUCGCCAAGGGCAUGAGCUACCUGGAGGAUGUGCGCCUGGUGCACAGGGACCUGGCUGCCCGCAAUGUGCUGGUCAAGAGCCCUAACCAUGUGAAGAUCACGGACUUCGGGCUGGCACGGCUGUUGGACAUCGAUGAGACAGAGUACCACGCGGAUGGGGGCAAGGUGCCCAUCAAGUGGAUGGCCCUGGAGUCCAUCCUGCGCCGGCGUUUUACCCACCAGAGUGAUGUGUGGAGCUACGGGGUGACGGUGUGGGAGCUGAUGACUUUUGGGGCCAAACCCUAUGAUGGGAUCCCGGCCCGCGAGAUCCCCGACCUCCUGGAGAAGGGCGAGCGGCUGCCCCAGCCCCCCAUUUGCACCAUUGACGUCUACAUGAUCAUGGUCAAAUGUUGGAUGAUCGAUUCUGAAUGUCGGCCUCGAUUCCGGGAGCUGGUGGCUGAGUUCUCCCGCAUGGCCAGGGACCCCCAGCGUUUCGUGGUCAUCCAGAAUGAGGACCUGGGCCCUACCAGCCCCUUGGAUAGCACCUUCUACCGAUCGCUGUUGGAGGACGACGACAUGGGAGACCUGGUGGAUGCUGAGGAGUACCUGGUGCCCCAGCAGGGGUUCUUCUGCCCUGAUCCCAGCCCAAGCACUGCGGGCAGCACCCACCGCAGGCACCGAAGCUCUUCUACCCGGAGCGGUGGCGGGGAGCUGACACUGGGGCUAGAGCCCCCCGAAGAGGAGCCACCCCGGUCCCCACGGGCCCCCUCAGAAGGGGCCGGCUCUGACGUGUUCGAGGGUGAUGCGGGAAUGGGGGCAGCCAAGGGGCUGCAGAGCCUCCCUACACAUGACCCCAGCCCCCUGCAGCGGUACAGUGAGGACCCUACAGUCCCCCUGGCCCCGGAGACGGAUGGCUACGUUGCCCCACUGACCUGCAGCCCCCAGCCUGAAUAUGUCAACCAGCCCGAGGUCCAGCCACAGCCGCCAUCACCCCUAGAGGGUCCUCUGUCCCCCGUUCGGCCUGCCAGUGCCUCUCUGGAAAGGCCCAAGACUCUCUCCCCUGGGAAGAAUGGGAUUGUCAAGGAUGUUUUUGCCUUUGGGGGUGCUGUGGAGAACCCUGAGUACUUGGCACCCCGGGGAGGUGUCCAGCCCCAUCCUCUGCCCACCUUCAGCCCAGCCUUUGACAACCUCUAUUACUGGAAUCAAGACCCACCAGAGCGGGGGUCUCCACCCAGCACCUUCGAAGGGACCCCUACAGCAGAGAACCCGGAGUACCUGGGCCUGGACGUGCCUGUGUGAGCCAGGAGGCCGCGCGCCAGGACCUGCACGAAGGAACCUUGCUGUUGCUUGGAUUCCCAGGCAGCCGAGCGGGUGCCCUCAGCCUGGCUGCUGGAGGGGCAGCAUCACAAAGUCUCUGGAUUUGGAAGUCACCGAACUCGGGGCAGGCUGGUGACCACCACACCCCAGCGUCCUCACCGAGGCAGCAGUCCCACCAGGCCCUCUUCCAAUCCUUGGUACUGAACUGAGAGGCUGAGCCGAGGAAGGAGGUGGCCCCACAGGGUGGCAGAGAACAAGCCGGCCACUGGGAGCCCGAGACCCAAGGCCACCUCCAGGAGGACCAGCACCAGCGCCCAGACCAGCCCUGUACAGGGUGUUUUUUUGUUUCGUUUUUACUUGUUUUUUAAAGAUGAAAUGAGGACUCUGA